AAUGCGUUUUUCCUCUACAGAAACGGUAAGAAUGCAUUCAACCAGGUAUUACAGGCAUGAUCACAGAUAGAUAGUAUCUAUCUCUGUUGCUCGGAUCACCUGAUAUUACCAGGCUUAAAUUGGUCACGUGUCAUCCAGGAAACCUUUUUUUUCUCCUUUGCGAAACAGAGUUGUCAAUGACCCGCCUUUACCUCACGUUGAUUGGUCAAAGUUAAGAAGUACAUUGAGCUGAUUGGUGGGACAGAUGACUCUCCUACGAUCAUGUCUAAAUUAAACAACUCCCCUUCUUUAAACGGGUCUAUGUGUAAUUGAUAGCUUCACUCAAAUACAUCGAUAAGAAUUUGGUUAGAUGGUACUAAUUUCAGAAACUUUACGCGAACGGUAGUCAGGAUGGAUACCAAACAGCAUUUCCUGAGCAUAACAUUACAGUCCAGUACAGUAGGAUACAGUACAAAAUUAAAAUCUAAGCAUGUCUGGUAGAAGUGUAGUGGGAAAUGGGUGAUACAGGAAGUAGGUAAACUGUGAGUGUAGAUAUGUAUCUGAUUGGCUGGAGAGGUAUUCAUACAGAAAAGGGGAAGCUCCUCUUUCAGGUCUGCUCAUAGUAUUUUACGCAUACGGUCAUCCGUUUGUUUUGGUCAGUUUAGUAAUCAUAUUUUGAAAUGGAGUGUAGUGAGAGUAUCCUGUGUAGCGUUGGAGAGCUGGAGUUGGACCCUGACAUUGUGAGUGAAGAAGCAGGCAAGCUGUAUUCUGAACUGCAGACGGUGAUUGAGACUCAUGGGGCCGGGGUGGUGGAGUCUCUGGUGCCCAUCCUUGUCUGGGUCCUGGAGGGGCUUGCCAGCUGCCGAGCCCAGCUGAGGGAGAGCCAGGAGGAGGGGGAGAAGGGGAGGGUGGAGAGAGAGGAGCUGAUGGAGCGCUACCAAUCAGAGAAGUCCCUGAGGAGAGAGAGCCAAGAGAGGUAUCAUGAACUAGAUGACCAAAGUGAACAGGAAAGGAGGGCCAUGCGAGCCAGGGAGAAGGAGCGGGAGAAGAGAGAGAGAGAUCUGGAGAGGAAGGCUAGAGAACAGGCUGACCAACUGGUGGCCUUGGAGGAGCAGAAAGUUAGUGUUGCCAGAGAACUGAGUUCACUGAAGAAUACUCACAAUAAGUUGGCACUUGCUUUUCGAGAGCUGCAGGAAAAGAAAAAGGAUUCUGAAAGAGAGACUCUUUCAAGAAACCAUGGACAUGCCAGAAGUUCUGAAACGCAAACAGCCCCACUCCAAGCUGACAAUAGUGUUGACGAUAAAGCUAUUUCGAGAUCACGUGGUCACUCCGAUUGCCCUCCAUUGAGGGAGCCAGCUGCCCCAGAAGUGAAUGUGAUUGACAUUGAGAGAAUGCCGUCCCCAGACCCGUCUUUUAUUAAUGACAUCAUAAGCUCCACCCCCGAGCUGUCUCAGCUGCAGGACCUAUUGGAUGGCAGCGCACUAAGUCAGAUGGUGGUGUCAGGAGCAGGGCCGAGGACCAGCUUGGAGGAGGAGAUGAUGGAGGCAAUGGUGAACGAGGAGGAGGAACAUAGGAUAGAGGAGGCUGUGCUGGGCAAAGACAAUCAAGAUAAAAUGGAGCAGAAGGAAGAUGAAGGCGAAAUUGAAGAGGAGGAGGAGGAAGAUAGUCUGGAACAGGAGCUACGGAACACAGAUUCUGUGUUUUCAGAGCUGUCUGAGUUGAGCCGUGAUUACGUAGACAGCGUUGACCACGGGGCCAGUGUCCGAGGCAGCGUGGACCAGUUGGAGGAGAUUCUUUCUCAGUUUGAGGAACUGAAACACACCCAUGAAUUGGUAGACGCAGCCCGCAAGGCUCUGAUAUCUCGGGUGGAAGAGCUGACCAACGAUCGCUUAGCUGUUAAACUGGAACUGACCUCUUCGCAGGAAACGGCCUCUCAUUUAGAGAGCAGGAUGAAGGAAAUGGAGCAGGAAACCAAGAGGCUUCGGAAAGAACUGGAGACCUGCCAGUCUGAAGACCCUGAUGGCGCUCUACCCACAUCGAUGCGCCGUUUCUCAAGGUCUGAGAUGGCUCGUGUGGUCAUGGAGAAGAACCAGUACAAAGAGCGUCUGUUCGAGCUGCAGGAAGCAGUGAGGCGGAGUCAGGUCCUCCGUGCCACUAAAGAUGUGAGGAUAAUGGAGGAGAGAGAGAGAGGUGUUUGGGGCAGGUUUCACCGUCUGUUCGGCCGGCCCAGGGAGCCUUUAGUCCUCGCUGCUGCUCAGGGCUUCACCAAGGCAACGUCCCCUGCACUCAGUCGCUCUCCGCUGCGAUCCCCACAACUACAGACUGUCAAUCAGACUCAGACGGAAUUAAUACACGAUGGACAUUCCUCUAGCUCUGUGUCCCCUGCUGCUCUCUCUCCACGUGUCAGGAAGAGGGAACUCUACAGGGAGGUUCGCACCCACAUCUGGGGAACGCUGGGAAAGCGGCAGCUCAAUGGAUGGAGCGUGCCUCUGUCACACACACAGGAGUCAAUGGAGUCUACCCCUGAGCCUAAAGAUGUGCCCGCUCUAUUGCAACUCCGAAUGCUGGAUCAGAGAGACCCUAGCGCUAAGCUCAACUGUGCCGUUGCUGUGACAGCGGAGAUCUCGGGAGAAGCUGCGUGCUCUGUGUGGCUCAUGUCUGGCCUGGGCUCCUCCGGUGAAGUCACAGUGAUUGACCCGGCACGCUCCAACACAGUGCUGGACCAGUUCAGCCUGCCCCCUACCUCGCCUGCCCUCUGCAUCUGUGCUGUGCCCCCUACUGGCAACACCUCAGGAACUGUAUGGAUUGGAACUCAGGAAGGAAGUGUGCUGGUACAUUCAGCGUCGACAGGAAGAAGGCGAUGUAUGCAAUCAAUUUCUCUCUCAGAGGGUGUGCACUCCCUCACGUAUUCCUCCAACCAAGUCAUAGCUGGCCUAGCUGACGGGACACUAGCUUUUUUCUCUCACAAUGGAGGUGGCUGGGACCUCCCCUCACACCAGGUGAUGAACCUUGGCACCACGCCUCUCCAGCCCCUCCGCUGCUGCCUGGCUAAAGGGGGCCGCUUGUGGGUUGGAUACUGGAACCGGGUCCAUGUAGUGGAUAUUGAAAGCAAAAAGGCUGAGCAAAACUUCUCGGUCUCCGAGCGCAGCGAGCAGCAAGUGCGCUUCCUGUGCGCAGCAGGAAGUGGGGUCUGGACGUCCUGCCGCCUGGACCCCCUGCUCAGGCUGUUUGAUUGGUCCAGUGGACGGCCGCUGCAGGAGGUGGACCUGACUCCUUUGGUCACUAAGACGCUAGGUCAAGCCUUCCUGUCCAUAUCGCCUCUUCAGAUCUCUGCUCUAACCAUAAUCUCCAGCUGUCUGUGGUUGGGGACUGGCAGUGGUGCUAUCUUCUCCAUCCCCUUGACCAUCACCUCAGAGUUGCUGUCCAUCCCAUACUGCUCUCUGGCGGCUGCCCAGUUGUGUUACCAUGGUCACAGACAAGCCGUCAAAUUCUUCAUCGUUGCACCUAACUGCUUGACGACAUCUACUGGUGGUGGGGAUAGUUGUGCUCCAUCACAGUUCAUCCUCAGUGGAGGAGAAGGCUACAUCAACUUCAGAAUCGGAGACGAUGCAAUUGAUGGCUCCACUGAGCUGCCCCAAACAACACUCAGCCGUUCUGAACGCAGUCACAUGAUCAUCUGGCAAAGCCCCACCCCUUCUGUUCCCAGCUCUGCACUCUGACAUGGCUGACCUUAAUGUCCGGAGGUGUUCCUUGAAAUUGUACCACAGCAAUGAUGAAUGAUGCAUUAAAUAGACAAUGUCGUUCAGUUUGCAUUUGACUAAUAGCCUAAAUUCAUAACCCUGCCUCACUGUACCUUUACAUUACCUGUGAAGCCUUUGUUGAACGCACCAAUGAUACAGAUUUUAUCUUAAGUAUUUACGUUACAUGUUUUGCCUGUCCCACGUAUUGUUCCGAAUUUGAAUCGUAACCACACACACAAGUAUUGAUGAUCUUCUGCAAACUUUUUCUUCUGUCUUCUGAACAAAUCCACCAGAUUUUCUCCAGCUGAGGGCUUUUGUCAUGUAAUGUUAGCCACAAUCAUUUAUUACCUGGUAAUUAUAGACAUCAUCUCUUAAUCAAUCAUCUCCUGAUUAAUUGUGGGAUAGUUCCUGGUUAAGAAGACAAAGUCUUGCCAUCUUAUUCUUGCUCAACCUGCACACAUAUCUGAAUACAGCCCCUAUUACUAAACAUGACAGGGGCAUUGUUUUACCCCUGUCAUGUUUAGUAGCAGAUCCACGGGGUUGACUAAAAAUAAGAAAUGUACUUUCUAAAUUCUACGCUUCAUUUCCUUCUAUUUCGAUGGGUUGUUUUACCACAUCCAUGUUAAAAUCUGUCUUAAAAAACGACAAUUUUUAUACUACAAAACCCUCAUCUGUAUGCAAAAAUGUGAUAUAUGUGUGUGUCUCGAUAUAUAUUGAUCUUACCUAUAAAUUAUCAGAUUUGUGAAGAAAUUUAUUUAUUUUCUUAAUUGUUUGUAAGGUCAUCUGUUAAUUAUAUUGGUAUGGUGUUAUGGUUGCUUUGGUUUAAAGUAUUCUAACAUAUUGGACGUGUCUUGCAGUAUUGGCUAUUUACUGUCUCGAUUUGUGCACACUUUUGUUUCAACAAUCAUCUGACUAUUAUACUUUUGUAAAUGUAAUAUUUUUUUGUUAAAAUAUAUUUUUAAUGAUAA